CCGUCUCCGAAAGCAAGGGACUCAAGACAAGCAGUCCCAUUGAACAACAACGGAAUAUUCCAACAUGUCGAGGCCGGAACAUACCGCACCGCCGGAAAUUUUUUACAAUGAAGACGAAGCUUCAAAAUAUACCAACAAUUCACGAAUCAUAGCCAUUCAGAGUGAAAUGACAUAUCGAGCCCUGGAGCUGUUAGCUAUCCCGGACGACCAAGUAGCGUUUCUACUGGAUAUCGGAUGUGGGUCUGGGCUGAGCGGGGAGGUCCUGGACGAAGAGGGUCACUUCUGGGUCGGGAUGGACAUCAGCGAGUCGAUGUUGGAGGUGGCGAAUGGACGGGAGGUCGAUGGGGACCUGUUCUUGCAAGAUAUUGGGCAGGGGAUGUCGUAUCGACCAGGGACGUUCGAUGGUGCGAUAAGCAUCUCAGUCCUCCAAUGGCUCUGCAACGCCGACAAAACCGUCAACAACCCCCGGUCCCGCCUGAAAACCUUCUUCAGCAGUCUCUACUCGUCCCUCGCCCGCGGCGCCCGCGCUGUCUUCCAAUUCUACCCCGAAAACCCUGCGCAAAUCGAAAUGAUCAUCUCCAGCGCCAUGAAGGCCGGGUUCACCGGAGGACUGGUCGUCGAUUUCCCAAACUCGACGAAAGCGAAGAAGUACUACCUGUGUCUGUUUGCUGGGUUUAAGGAUAACGCGAGCGAGGCGCCGAAACUGCCGAAGGGGCUGGAUGAGGAGAGUGGAGCCCAGGUCGCUUAUGCUUCAAAACGAACAAGAGAGAAAAGGAGAGGCAAAGACUCGAGAAAGGAACUCAAAGACAAGAACUGGGUUCUGCAUAAGAAGGAGCUCAACAGGGUGCGCGGAAAGGAAACACCCAACGAUUCCAAGUAUACAGCUCGGAAACGGAGAGUGCGGUUCUGAGGUGGUUCGCGAAGACCGGCGAGGCAUUCAUUAGCGUCCUCAACAUGUAACUUAUUUAGUAGUCUAUUGCGUAGGAAUAGGUAGCGUGGGGUGAGGUGACCUUUUUGGGAUGCCUUCAUUUGAUUACCGCUGGAUUGUACAGUAUAUCCUGCGAAACGUGACGUUGAUG